AUGGCUUCCGUGGCCGCAUGGUUACCGUUUGCCCGGGCCUCGGCCAUCGGCUGGGUGCCCAUAUCAGAGCACCCCCUCCCCAACCCCACUGUCCGACCCGAGACCCGGCGAGGGGACGAGAAGCUGAAGAUCAACGUGAGCGGGAGGCGGUUCGAAACCUGGCGGACGACUCUGGAAAAAUUCCCAGACUCCCUGCUGGGCUCCAACGAGCGGGAGUUCUUCUACGACGAGGAGUCCAAAGAGUACUUCUUCGACCGCGAUCCCGACAUCUUCCGGCACAUCCUCAAUUACUACCGCACCAGCCGCCUCCAUUACCCCAAGCACGAGUGCAUCAGCUCCUACGACGAGGAGCUGGCCUUCUUCGGCAUACUUCCGGAUAUCAUCGGGGACUGCUGCUACGAAGAUUACCGGGACCGGAAGCGCGAGAACAGCGAACGACUCAUCGACGACGAGAAGAGCGAGAACGGGGACUACGACCCGGCGAUCAGCCUGAGGGAGAAGAUGUGGCGGGCGUUCGAGAACCCCCACAUCGGGACCGUGGCCCUCGUCUUCUACUACGUCACUGGGUUCUUCAUCGCCGUCUCGGUCAUCGCCAACGUCAUCGAGACGGUGCCGUGCGGGAAGGUGCCGGGGGCGAGGAAGGAGUUGUCGUGCGGGGAGAAGUUCGAGAUAGCGUUCUUCUGCCUGGACACGGCUUGCGUCAUGAUCUUCACAGCAGAGUACCUCCUCCGGCUGUACGCCGCCCCGGACCGGUGCAAGUUCAUGCGGAGCGUCAUGAGCAUCAUCGACGUCGUCGCCAUCAUCCCGUACUACAUCGGCCUCGUCAUUUCCGAUAACGAUGACGUCAGUGGCGCCUUCGUCACGCUGAGGGUCUUCCGCGUGUUCCGCAUCUUCAAGUUCUCGCGCCACUCGCAAGGACUCAGGAUCCUCGGCUACACGCUCAAGUCGUGCGCCAGCGAACUGGGCUUCCUACUCUUCUCGUUGACAAUGGCUAUCAUCAUAUUUGCGACCAUCAUGUUUUACGCCGAGCGGAGCGUGGAGGGGACGACGUUCACGAGCAUCCCAGCCGCGUUUUGGUACACGAUCGUCACCAUGACAACUCUUGGGUGA